AUGCCUGAGCUCAUCAGUGUACCAGAGUUUGUGCGUGAGACCACAGAGGACUAUAAAGCGCCCACCACCUCCUCCUUCUGCACCAGGAUCAACCACUGCAGGAACACAGUGAGCAGCUUAGAGGAGGCCCUGGACUUGGACCGGACUGUUCUCUCCAAGAUCAAGAAGUCUGUGAAAGCCAUGAACGCCUCGGGCCUGACUCAUGUGGAGAACGAGGAGCAGUUUGUGUCGUCGCUGGAAAAGUUUGGAGAAAACUGUGUUUGUGACGACGCUGAAGUCGGCUCCGGGUUCAAACAGUUCUGUGUUUUCACCAGAGAACUGACUGCCCUGCUCAAGAACCUGAUGCAGAACAUGAACAACAUCAUCACGUUUCCUCUGGACAGUCUGCUGAAGGGAGACCUGAAGGGCGUCAAAGGGGAUCUGAAGAAGCCGUUUGAAAAAUCCUGGAAGGACUAUGAGGCCAAACUGUCAAAGUUGGAGAAGGAGAAACGAGAACACGCCAAACAACAUGGAAUGAUCCGCACAGAGUUCAGUGGAGGCGAGAUCGCUGAGGAGAUGGAGAGAGAGAGGAGGCUGUUCCAGAUGAGCAUGUCAGAGUAUCUGAUAAAAGUAAACGAGAUCAAAGUGAAGAAAGGAGUAGACUUUCUACAAAACCUCAUCAAGUACUUCCAUGCACAGUACAAUUUCUUUCAGGAUGGGCUGAAGGCUGUGGAGACUCUAAAACCUUCAGUGGAGAAACUGGUCACAGACUUGAGCACAAUCAAACAGACGCAGGACACAGAGCGGAAGCAGCUGCUGCAGCUCAGAGACCUCCUCAAGACCUCUCUACAGGCCGAGACCAGAGAGGACCCUCAGCAGAAGCAGAGUUCUGGUUACAGUCUGCACCAGCUACAGGGAAACAAAGCCCAUGGUACUGAGCAUUCUGGUGUGCUGUACAAGAGGAGCGAAGGUCUGAGGAAAGUUUGGCAGAAGAGAAAAUGUUCGGUGAAAAAUGGCUUCCUGACGAUCCAUCACGGAACGGCAAAUCGACCUCCGGCCAAAUUGAAUCUGCUCACGUGUCAAGUAAAGAGGAACCCUGAAGAGAAGAAGAGCUUUGACCUUUUCUCUCAUGACAGAACGUACCACUUCCAGACGGAGGACGAGGCCGAGUGUCAGAUAUGGAUCUCCGUGCUGCAGAACACUAAGGAGGAGGCGUUGAACAAAGCGUUUAAAGGCGACGACGACGACAACGAGGAGAACAACAUCUUGCAGGAGCUGACACGGGCCAUCGUCCAGGAAGUGAGGCGUCUGGGUGGGAAUGACCGCUGCUGCGACUGCGGGAAGCCAGAUCCCUCUUGGCUCAGCACUAACCUGGGGGUCCUCAUAUGUAUUGAGUGUUCUGGGAUCCACAGAGAGAUGGGAGUCCACUUCUCCAGGAUCCAGAGUCUGGACCUGGACCUUCUGGGGACAUCCGAGCUGCUGUUGGCCAAAAACGUGGGGAACUCCAGCUUUAAUGACAUCAUGGAGGCCGAGGUGGAGGCUCAGGGCGCGACCAAACCGGACUCUUCCAGUGACAUGCAGGCUCGUAAAGACUUCAUCACAGCAAAGUACGUGGAGCGGAAAUUUGUGCAGCACAUCCACCAUGACGCCAGCAGGAGGCAGCAGCAGCUCUACAUUGCCGUGACGACCAGAGACAUCCUGGGACUGAUCCAGGUCUACGCUGAGGGGGUGGAUCUCACAGAGGUCGUUCCACAACCCAACGAGCAUGAGCCUGGGGAGACAGUCCUUCACCUUGCUGUGCGGAUGGUCGACAGGAACUCUCUGCACAUUGUCGACUUCUUGGCUCAGAACAGCCCAGACCUGAACAAACAGACAGCCCUGGGCUCCACAGCUCUGCAUUACUGCUGUUUGACCGACAACAGUGAGUGUCUGAAACUACUGCUGCGAGGGAGGGCAUCAGGGACAAUCUUGAACGCUGCAGGAGAAUCUCCUCUGGAUUUGGCUCGACGUCUUAGACACUCACAGUGUGAAGAACUGCUGCUGCAGGUGCAGAGUGGCAAGUUUAACGUUCACGUUCACGUCGAGUACGAGUGGCGUCUGCAGAACGAGGAUCUGGACGAGAGCGAGGAUGAGCUGGAGGACAAGCCCAUCCCUGUGCGCAGAGAGGACCCUCCCUCAGAGCGGCCUGAGCGCCCAGUCAGCUGCAUGGUUCCUGGUUCCUCUCACCCGUCUCACCUCUCGCUGCUGGCCCGGGAUGCCGCCUUGCUGGCCAGAGAGCGGCAGCGCCCCCCGGUGGCCAGUGUGAUGAUCAGCAAUGAGACGUACGGCACCAUGAUGGACCUUAGGGACACCCCAGCCCUGCCCCCAAGAGCGCCCCCCAGAGGUCCUCGUCCUGUUUCCAUGGAGACAUCGGGCCGACAGCGCUCAUUGUCGGACCCUAACGAGCCCUGUCCUCCGGACAGGAACAGCUCCAUGUAUGUACUCCCGGUGGCUCCGCCUCCUCUUCCUGCGUUUAAAUCAGCCAAGAACAUGCCCCUCCCCCCUCCGCCACCACACUUCAAGACUACACCCCCUCCUGCACAUGCCCCGCCCCCUCCUGCAAAGGCUCCACCCCCUCCUGCAAAGGCGCCACCCCCUCCUGCACAGGCUCCGCCCCCUCCCGUCCCGAGUCACCAGGGGAAAUCCAGACCCAAGUCUCCGCCCCGGAGGAGCUCAGACGUGCCCCCUGUCCGACCCUCAGGGAGACGAGGGUCCAGACAAGGGUCUAGACCAGAGUCCAGGUUGCCAAAAAGUCCCAAUCCACCCACACCUAAACCCCGGAGCACCUUCUCUAAGCAGAAGUCUCAGAGAGUUGUUGCCAUCUACAACUGUUUUGCCGAUAAUCCAGACGAGCUCACGUUCACCGAGGGGGAAGUGAUCGUGGUGGAGGGGGAGGAGGACCCUGAGUGGGGGAUUGGACACAUCGAGAGUGACCCUAGUCGCCGCGGUGUGUUCCCGAUCACCUUCGUCCAUUUCAUCACAGAUUGA